CUGUGUUACUACCACUACUGCAUACAGUAAACUACUCAGGAAUCAUUUGCAAGUAAUUUACAAGAAGUUUUAACAGAGAGAUCAAAUAAUGCAUACAGUAAAGGAAAAAGUGAGCAACGCAGCCAGCUCCGGCAAGGCUCACGUCGACAUCUACAAAACCAAAGUAGAAGAGCAGGUGGAGCAAGCGGCAGCGAGGACAGAGGAAGAGAAGGAGAUAGCGCAUCAGCGUGGGAAGGCCAAAGAGGCUCAAGCGAAGAUGGAGUUACACCAGGCCAAGGCUGAGCAUACAGCUGAGAAGUUACGAGCCAAGCAGUCUCAUGUGCUCGGCUACGCCCAGCAUCAUCAUGACGACCCUUAUCUUGCAGCUACUCAUCAUGGGCAGAUGAAUGAGCCAGUGGUUGGGACGACCCACGGACACCACCAGCACCAUCCGGUUGGAAUCGCUGCUCCUGUGCCCGCAACCACUGCGCCUACUUAUCCUCUUGGUGGCAACCCUCCUCCUCCAGUGCAUAAGAAACAUUUCUAGUUAAACAAAUUUCGUUGCAGACAUGUUUGAGCCUAGCUACUUUGCUUUUGGAUUGGAAUUUUUGUUUGUAAUCUUGUAAGCAAGAACGUUUCUAAUUAAGAGUGUUUUAAUUUCAAAUAAUGUUUGGAAACAUAAUAUUUACAAUAUGAUACAGUUUCUAAGGUAUAUUUUUAAGUAUAGUUAAUUUCAUUCAAAUAUUAUAGAAUUUUUA